AAUACCGACAUCUUGCUGUGUUGACUUCGACAAGCAAAUCCAAGAUGGGUGGCGAUCUCAACCUCAAGAAAUCAUGGCAUCCCUCACUGAUGACCAACCAGAAAAAGGUAUGGGAGCAGGAACAACGAGCGCUCGACGAGCGCAAAAAGAUCGACCAGAUCAUGAAAGAGCGCGCAGAGGAAAGGGAGAUUCAGGAGCUCGAGGAACUUCAAGAGGCAGCUGGUGGAAAGAAGAGACAACAACGUGUUGAGUGGAUGUACUCCGGACCUUCAAGUGGACAGUUAGGGACCAGUGAGGAAAUGGAAGGGUAUCUGCUGGGUAAGAGAAGAAUUGAUGGUCUUCUGAAAGGCGCAGAGAGUGAGAAGUUGCAGAAGCCUACGACGACAGAUUCGUUCAUGGCUGUGCAAAAUGCGAACAACUUGCGGGACACCGCAGCCAAGAUCCGAGAAGACCCAAUGCUCGCGAUCAAGAAGCAGGAACAAGCAGCAUACGAGGCCAUGAUGAACGAUCCAGUCAAGCGGAGGCUGUUGAUGAAGGCGGCAGGUGGCGGAGACCAGGACGGCGAAAGAGAACACAAACGAAGGAAACACAGGCAUCACCACAGGCAUCGCGACGAUCGUGACAGACAUGAGAAGAGUCGAUCACACAGAGACGAGGCCGAUGAUCGACAAGGACGAAGCAGACAUCGCCGUCGAAGGUCAUAUACACCCUCCGAGUCACGAUCACGGUCUCCACCUCGUCGGGUAGAAAGAUCUCGCUCACGCUCUCGCUCUCCCUAUCAGAAACGUCACUCAUAUGCAGAUGAUGAACGACGGCAACGACCCCGCUCACGUUCCCGCUCAUAUUCUCCGCCUCGGAGAGAUGGACAUGGGAAUGGCGUACGGAAGAUGCAGAGUUGGCACGAAUCAAGACCAGAACGACGGCGCUCGCCAUCACCAGGACGUGGUCGUAAGAGAGACGAGGACGAUGCGGAUGAUAGAGCAGCGAAACUCGCAGCCAUGCAACAAGAUGCCGAUAACCUUGAUGUACAGAGAGAACAGCGAUUGGCCGGUAUUGCAGAACGAGAAAGAACGGAGCGAGAACGCGAUGACGCUGCUCGAAUGCGAAAUGCCAAACAUGGAGGGCGCGCUGAUUUCGUGGACCGGUUCCAUAAAAAGGCUGGCGAUUUGACAUUAGGACAACGUAUGGGAAGGAAUGGUGUCUCACAGAGGGAUGGAGAUGAGUAGGCCAUGAGGAAGUAGAAUAAUGAGAAACAUUGAUCCCAG